GUCUAUUUCUCGGUUACUCGGUACACAACUUCACCAUACCACAACCUACCACCCUCAGUUGAACGGCCUUGUGGAACAAUUUCAUCAAAACCUGAAGUGUGCCUUGCGUCACGCCUCACUGGUACUCCCUGGAAUACGGACAGCACCUAAAGAAGAUAUGGGAUGUUCUUCAGCGGAAACGGUGUAUGGCUCUCCCCUCACUGUAACUGGAGACUUUAUUCCCAGCUUCACUGACACACCCACUGACAAUAGCCUACAUCUCCGUCAGCUGCGCGAUCAAAUAUGCUCACUUGCCCCAGUUCCUAUAUCUCAUCAUGGCGCCACACUGACUUCUGUUCCUUGCAAUCUGCUGCAGGCCAAGUUUGUUUUUAUUCAUUGCGAUGCUCACCACACUCCUCGCCAACAACCAUAUGAAGGCCCUUUCAAAGUCCUGUAUCCCAGCCCAAAGACCUUCCAAGUCGACACGGAAGGCAAGAGAGUAAUCAUCACUGUUGACCGACUCAAACCGGCACACUUAAACCUGGAACAUCCGGUUCCCAUAGCAAAGCCAAGACGCUGUGGACGCCCACCUAGGCCACCGCCAUCCUCGCCUAACAGUGUAACACAGAGCCAGACCUCUACUGACAUUAGACCACAGCACACUCGGUCAGGUCGCCACGUCCAAGUCCCACAACGGUAUCUCUCAGUUCUGGGGGAGUGGUGUAGCGGACACUACAAGUUACCUACAUGUUACCAAUUAGAUUAG